AUGGCCGCCGACUUGGACGUCGCCAGCCACUACAACCUGCCCUCCGAAUACCCCGACGAAUGGCCGGCAGCAUUGAACGAUGAUGAUGGUGUCGAGGAGGAACCCGCUGUCCAGCGCACCAAGACCAAAUCCCGUCCGCGCAAGUCGCGCUACUUCGCGCUGGAACGCACCGACAGCGACUUGCGGAAGAGCUUUGGGUCUCGCCAUGGGAAGGAGGCGGCCCGAGAGAAAACAAAACGGGAUGAACCAGAUCCGCUAGGAACCAGUGACAGCGUCCUUCGCAUUCUCAAGCAGCGUGGAGUGCCCCUCGAAGAUGCAGGCGGCAGCCGGUCCCGAUACCUGCUCUCCUCGACGUCCUUCUCGCCCGCGCUGUUCCUGUCCCAAGCACAUUCGACGGCCUCGAUUCAAGAGCUCACCAGUGGCCUCGACCGUCUGUCGCAAUCCAUCGACCAGAAGUCAGCAUCGCUCAAGGUCUUGGUCGAGGCCAACUUCGAGCGCUUCGUGCGGGCCAAAGCAACCAUCGAUAGCGUUUACGCGGAAAUGAAAAACCCAGGGACCGAGUCCGAGAAUGAACAGACUCUGGCACCGCGCAGGUCGGCCGGCCAUGCCCGCACCCCAUCGGGCCAGCUGCGAAGCAUCUCCCCCUUACCCCCGGGCAAGAGAAAGAACGCGCUCACGAAGGACAGCGAGUACGGCAUGAGGGGCAUCCGAGGUCCUCUGGUGGAAGCCUCUGUCAAGGCAGAAGAGGUGUGGGGUCCAGCUUUGGGAGGGCGAGACCGGGAACAGAUGUUGAAGGCGGUUGUGGAUUCCAUGGAGAAGCACCGGGACGUAUAUGAAAUCGGAAGCUAUCUCUCCAAGGCCAUCCAACAAAGGGACUAUGACGCCGUUUUUGAGCAGUAUACCAAGGCCAGAACACUGGCGAAUCGCGCAAAGAACAUCGCAGAACAGGCCUCCAGCAGUCGCCGACAGCUGACCGACUUCGAGAUACAUACGAUCCUGGCGAUGGGUCGCAUGUGGAUGGACGUCGGCCAACAGAUCCAUGACUUCAAGCGGGAUCUCUGGAAGCGCCUCAAUGAUGCACCAACGACAUCAACCACAAGCACCGCAUCGGGUCCUCUGGAAGAGUAUAUGGAGCUGAUCGGAGCAUUGUUGGAACUGGGCGUCGAGAAAAACCCUAUCUGGGCAUGGCUUCAGAGCCGCUUCGAUUUCCUCAAGUCGAGGAUCACCUCUUUCUGUGACCGGUGUAAGGUGGAGAUUGAGAUUCUGAGGCGGAGACUGGCCGGAGGAGAGAAACCAACGCCGCAGGCGACGGCAUCCUACCUCCGCUUAGCACCGCGUGAUGGCUCGUCAGAGAUUCCUGAGAGCCUGGACACAGAUCAAGUCAUUGAGCUCUGGGAUUGCCUUCAGGCAUACUUGACCCGGCUGUUAUCGUCACAGGGCGGUUUGCUCGGCGAAACCCUCGAUUUCUGGGAAGUAGCGCAGUCAUUCAUUGACGGCAAUCGACAACGAAUUCUUCCUGCUGGCUUUGAGGGGGAGAGCCGCAAGCAUCAUCAGCUGUCGAGAGGCAACAUCGAAGAGCUCGAGAAGGGCAUUGUGCAGCUGGUCAAUCUGAUCCGGGAGAACGUGCUUGCCUUGUUCAACGAACCACCCACAGAAGAUAUCUCUAGCCUCUUCUCUCCGGUCCCAGAAACCCCGACCAGCCCAGAGUCCAGGGGCGUUACACCGACCGAGUCUCGAUUCAAGCUUGAUCCCAGGAAUAUGCCGUUCAAAACCCCGAAGCGCGGGGAGCAUUGGGAUGACUUUGCAUUCUGGCCGCCUUUUUCCAACUCACUCAGUGGUGUCCACUACCUGAGCAAAUUCCUCGUCAUCAUCGGGACCGCCGCCAGUGACAUGGCAGCUUUGCCCCCUGUUAACGGCGGUGGGCAACCUCAUGAUUUGCUGAAGGUCUUGGUGAGUACCGCGAGGGAGCGGUCUGCGCGUGUUGCUUGUGCCGCCUGGAGUAAAGAUGCGGAGAAUUGCAAGAUGCUGGAAGACUGGACGCGUGAUUCGGAGAAGCGGGAUCUGACCAAGAUGCCGGGACUCUUUUUCGCCUUUGAGAGCGCCAUUCUCAGCGGCAUGCAGAAAAUCUUGUAUGUUUCGGAGGCUAUGACGAAGCCGGGCUCGGUGGAUGUUGUUACGCAGCCGCCUGCGAAACUUCUUCAGAUGGUUCGUUCCCAGUUCGUCUCCAGCGUGUACAAGGCGCUCAGCGGUCUGGUCGAGAACGCAGAACGUGUCAUCCCCGUGGAAGAAGACGACGAAUGGACUCUUUCUAGCCUCGCAACGGCUGGUCUAGGAACGGACACUGCAUCGACGGUGCUCGCAGCAAAUUCUGUCGACUCUCGGAAUAGGGUAAGUCUGAGUUGUCCUUGGUGGUCGACCAGCUCACUAACAGCACCACAGAACGUUCGCAUUCUCUUGACGCUUUCCAACCUCAAGGCGCUCCAGGCCGACUAUGUUCCACAACUAAUCACCAACUUCGAGACCUCGUUCUCCGUCAAGUUGACCGAAGAAGGGAACACGGUCCGAGACGUACUCAGCCAGAUCGAAGACCAGCUGUUCAAGUCGUACACCACACCGGCCAUCGCUUCCCUGAACGAGAUCAUCGCAAAUGGCAUCGCAUCGCCCAACUGGGUGCCGUCCACCGACCGGCCAGACCAGGUCCGCCCUUACGUCUAUGCCACCAUGCUUGCCCUCGUGCUGGUGCACACUGAGAUAUCCACGACGAUCCCCUCGACCGUGUCCGCCGGUUCCAGCCGCACCCCGUCCAACGCCCCGGGAUCGCUGCUGUACACCAUCCUCACGCAUCUCUUGGCGCAAGUCUCCACGUCCCUGUUGAAUGCGUUCAGUGCACGUAAGACCUUUACACUGGCCGCCUUGAUGCAAGCUACACUGGAUACGGAGUUCAUCGCGCAGACGUUGUCGCAGUACUCGUCCGACGAGGCAUCGAACAUCCAGAGCCAGAUCUACGUCGAACUGGACCGACGCACCACGAACGAAGCGCGCACGAAACUCCAAGCCGAGCUGGGCGAGAUGCGAGUCGUCCUCAAGAGACUGCGAGACCGCACCAAAGGCGAGUUUGCCUGCUUCAAGAAGUCUCGCAGUGGCGGCGGUAGUGGUGGUGGAAGUGGUGGAAGUGGCGGAGGAUCCAAAUCAUCUACGAAUUCAUAG